AUGUUUAUAAAAAAACUUUUUACUAAAUCCGUACAUAGGAUAACAAAUGAUUUUAAACAAAAAGAAUUACUUCCGCUUAAGUUGGUAUUUUUCGUACAAGCUUCGACUUUAUCCGUUUUGUAUCCUUACAUAACGAUACACAUGAGAGAAUUGGGUAUAAACGUGGAAGAAGCCGCCAUUAUGUCAGCGGUCAUACCCAUAAUAGGAAUAUUUAUGCCCCCGCUGGCGGGGAUGGUAGCUGAUAAAAUAGGAAAUUUUAAGUUAUUACUCGCAUUUUUUUCUUUCGUCGGAGGAGCCGUCGCACUUUUGUUACUUUUGGUACCCGUUGGAAGAAUCACGGUCACAUAUCCGGACAGAGUCAUAUUAAGCAUGGGUUGCGAUGAUUUUCCAUCAAACGAUCGUUUAGAAUCGAAAUUAAAACUUGGCUUUUCCGACGACAUUUUUUGCGACGUACCAUCCGAUUUUAACACGACAAAAUUUUACGAUAUGAAAUUUGAAGGAUGCGGUUUUAUGUGUCGUUUGUACAAUAACAGUUUGAUUACGAAUCCAUCGGAUUUUUUAUCAAACGGCAGAAGUUAUAAAAUAGAAAUUAAAAAAAAAAAUCAAAAUGGCGACGGUGACGGUGACGACGUCACAUCUCUAGAAUAUAAUUUAACAAAAGAUGACGUAAUUAAAAUAAAAACAAAACAAGACGUCAUAAGUAAUAGAAUAUUAAAAAACGACGGGAAAUUAAGGAAAUCCAUAAGGAGAAUGACGUCAUUGGAGUAUUAUUUUCCAGCGAUUGAAUUAUCGGAAUUGAAUUGUUAUAACGAUGGAGAAAAUGUCGUCUGUCAUUUUGGUCAAAAAAUUACAAAUGAAAAACAACUUUCGACGAAAAUGGCGGACACGGUUUUACGAUUGAAUAAAACGAUGAAUUUCAAAUUGGAAAAAAUACGUUCGGAUUUAAAUAUUGAUGACGUUGAUGAUUUCGUCACGACGUUCGUGACUUGGUCGAACGGAAAUAAAUCAAACGAUGACGUCACGAACGUUGUCAACGCAUCCUAUUGCGAAUCGAACAAGAACGACGACGUUUCCGUUUUAGUUAAUUUACAUAAUCCGAAUAACAAUUUGGAAAUAAUUGAAAAGAUACCAUUGAGAGAUUGUAAGCCGAGAUGUUUGGUAACGACUCAAAGGAAAUCCAUGUGUACCAACUUAAAAGAAGAAGUCGUUUAUAAUCCGAAAUUAACUUUUUGGAAUUAUCUCGUUAUAAGAAUCUUUAUCGGUAUCAUAGGUAGCACGGCAUAUGCCAUGUACGAAGUUGCCGUCAUCGCGAUACUUCGAGAACACAAAGCCGAUUACGGUUUGCAAAGGAUAUACGCAUCCAUCGGUGGAAUGAUUGCGUCACCCCUCUCGGGUUUGCUCAUUGAUUAUGCCAGCAAAGGAAAAGGUUACACGGAUUUCAGGCCUGCGUUUUAUUUAUACGCCGCGUUAAAAAUAAGCACGAGCCUUCUCAUGCUUUUCAUUAAUCUCGAAUUUAAAAAAGCCGCAUCAAACGUCAUUUCCGACGCCAUUCAGGUAUUGAAAAAUUUAGAAGUUAUCGCUCUUCUAAUAGCUUGUUUCGUUUUGGGUUCCGCCUGGGGUUACAUAGAGAGCUUCCUGUUCUGGUUUUUAGAAGACUUGGGGGGAAGCAGGUCGCUCAUGGGUAUAACCAUCACCAUCGGUGGAAUUGCCGGCAUACCUCUUUUGGUUUUAUCCGGUCCCAUCAUCGAUAAAAUCGGUCACGCUAAUGUUAUCUUCAUCGGAUUCAUUUUCUACGGCGUCCGAUUGGUUGGUUACUCUGUCAUUUACAAUCCGUAUCAUUGCCUCUACUUCGAAGCUAUGGAAUCUAUUACGUCAUCAUUAGCAAUCACUGCUGCUGUCACGUAUGCUGCGAAAUUGUCUACGACCACGACCGAUGGUAGCAUUCAAGGUUUGGUCGGAGGAUUGUAUUUCGGAGUCGGAAGGGGAGCCGGAAGUCUCAUAGGAGGUUAUUUAAUGGAAGCAUUGGGAACAAGACAAACCUACAGAGUAUUUGCCCUUUUCACCGUCGUCACAGGAUUCAUGUAUUAUCUCUUCAUAAGGUUUUACAUAAUGAAAAGGCCACGUGUCGAAGGGAACGACAUUUGUAAAAAAGUUGAAAAACCUUGUAAAAACGAUUCUGACGUCACGGUGAUAACUCAAAAACCGACGGACGAUAAUAAAAAAUCCGAUAAGAAAAAUACCGAAGGUGUGGAAAAACAAAACGACGUAAACGUGAACGAUAAAAAAAAAAUGAAAGAAGAAGAAAAAGGUGGAGGAGGAGGAGGAGGAGAAGGCGAAGGAGAUGAAGAAGAAAAAAGAAAAAAUUAUCACAACAAUCCUGCUUACGUACCUGACACGGACGAAACUAAAAAACAAGACUGA